AUGCUUCUUCGGGAUCGUAAUGGGACUGUGAUGCUUGCUGCUAUUAGAGGACUUGUGAACUGCACUGAUGCGCUGGAAGCAGAAGUGGCGGCAAUCCAUGAAGGUAUUAUAUUGGCCCUAAGCUGGACUGAGGUGGACCUCAUAGUGGAGACCGACUGUGCAGAGGCUGUGCAUUUGAUUUCUUCUAUAGAACAAGAUCGUUCAGCGCAUAGCCACAGAAUAAUGGAGAUUAGAUUGUUGCUGUCUCAAGCAAGGAGUAUUCAACUAGUUAAGAUCAAGCGUAACAUGAACUCUGCUAGCCACACUCUCGCGCAAAUGGGACGAAUUCAACAGCGAACUGCUUGUCGGCUGCGAAACCCCCCAGACGAGAUUGCGAGCAUCAUUGCCGCUGAUUGUAACAACAUUACUUGA